UGAGAGAGUGGGGGAGGGGUACCCCAUGCUUUCUAGAACUUUAAAGAGAAGUUCCGAUCCAAGACGUGAGGUUGAAGGAAGCUCAGCAGUUGUAGAUGCUGGAGGCUGUUCGAUGGAAGAGGAAGAAGGGGCACCCUCGGGAAGAGGGCUAUGCACACAGUCACACAGGAGCAGUGAUCCUACGGUCGCUUCCAGAGAAGGCUGGGAACUGGGUCACGGUGGGACCACCAGGAGCCGAGAGCAUCUUCUUGGUCCAGGGGCAGGGGAAGGUGAAGAAGAAUUGUGCCAGAGGGCUGUGUCCCCCUGUACGUGUGGAAGGUAGAGGGAAUGGCAUGGUCAUGGCCAUUCACAAAACCUUCGAGAAAAUUCCGUUCCUAUGGCAGCACUGGUGCAGUAGAAACACUGGAGUCAUAAAUCUCAAAAUAAUUUGUACCUUGAGCAUACCGAUCUUUAGCUCGCGGGCAUUUACAUCUCUCUCUUUCAUAGAAAGGAGCCUGAGUGUGAAUCCUGCCAAGGCCCUUCACCUCCCUGAAAUGGGGCAUCGGGUUCUGACUAGGUCUCCUCGUCCCUACAGCAGGGAUGGACGCUAGUACCCUGCGUCAAGAGAGGACAGGACGGUUAGGAUGAUUGAUAUUCCGUCAUCUCGGCCUCUCGCCAUGUCGGACCCCAUCACGCUGAACGUCGGCGGGAAGCUGUACACGACCUCCCUGGCAACCCUCACCAGCUUCCCCGACUCCAUGCUGGGCGCCAUGUUCAGCGGGAAGAUGCCCACCCGGAGGGACAGCCAGGGGAACUGCUUCAUCGACCGCGACGGCAAGGUGUUCCGCCACAUCCUCAACUUCCUGCGCACCUCGCACCUGGACCUGCCCGAGGACUUCCGGGAGAUGGGCCUGCUCCGCCGGGAGGCCGACUUCUACCAGGUGCAGCCCCUCAUCGAGGCGCUGCGGGAGAAGGAGGCGGAGCUCUCCAGGGCGGAGAAGAACGCCAUGCUCAACAUCACGCUGAAGCAGCGCGUGCAGACGGUGCACUUCACGGUGCGGGAGGCGCCCCAGAUCUACAGCCUGUCGUCCUCCAGCAUGGAGGUCUUCAACGCCCACAUCUUCAGCACCUCCUGCCUCUUCCUCAAACUCCUGGGCUCCAAGCUCUUCUACUGCUCCAACGGCACCCUGUCCUCCAUCAGCAGCCACCUGCAGGACCCCAACCACCUGACGCUGGACUGGGUGGCCCACGUGGAGGGCCUGCCCGAGGAGGAGUACACCAAGCAGAACCUCAAGAGGCUCUGGGUGGUGCCCGCCAACAAGCAGAUCAACAGCUUCCAGGUCUUCGUGGAGGAGGUGCUGAAAAUUGCUCUGAGCGACGGCUUCUGCAUAGAUUCCUCCCACCCCCACGCGCUCGAUGUUAUGAACAACAAGAUCAUUCGAUUAAUACGGUACAGAUAAAAAGAGAAAGAACGCGGCCGCACUGGGACGGGUUUCCCGAGAAGCUCCGCGUCCGCCAGGGCCUGGGCGAGCCUCUCUCCCGCGCCAGGAGGCAGGGGCUGUGCCCGCUGCGCUAACUGCCUAGCAGGACUUGCUUCCCCCCGGAUGAAAUCUUCCUUUUGGAGUCUACUUGUCCUCCGAGCAGAACCAUCUUUUCCUUGCCAUUUCGAGCUGGAAAUGGGCGGCUUGUCACGACAAGAGUCAGCAAAUGCAUACAAGAGGAGUCCGCGGGUGGCCAGCACGAAGGAGCAGCCAUUUCGCCAUGGACUCCGUCUCUGUACCCUUAGCCAGUGCCUCAUCUGCCCAUCUGAACAAAGCCUCCGGGAGCAGACAGCGCAAAGUGAGAGUCCAAGCUCCCUUUGGAUUCUCAGGACAUGGGGGGCUCCGCAGGUCCAGUCACACCUGCCCUUCCUUCUUUAGGAUGUGCCCAGGAUCUUGGGCUCAUUUGCCCAGGAUGGCCAUGCUUGGCUAGCUUGGAAUGUAGCAUGCUCCCCGACUCAGGGAGAAAGGUGUGGAGAGCCUAGAGCAAUAAGGAACUGGGCGAGGCCUUUUCUCCAGGUGGAAUCCGGUGAGUCUGGCCUCCGAAAUGGGCUGCUGACCUUGAAAAGAUGGAAGGGCACCUGGAGCCAGUAUAAGGAAAGACGCCUCGUGAUCCAGCCAAAUGCUUGACCGUGGUAAUCCUUUUCUCCCAAAUCUGAAGUGUCAUGGAAACAUGUCCGCUUAAACUAACAUUAUGCAUUCUCAGGGUUGAAAUAAUCUCGCAGUUGCCCAGUUCUCCCGUCUGCAGGACGGACGCGCCGGCCCGGCUGGGGGUGCGCAUCUCUUUGUGGACCUCCAAGGGGUCCCGCAGGCCUGCUUGCACACCCCCGGUGGCUGGAAGCUCACCAGCCCCAAGGCAGCUCCAGACACAGCCGGGUGGUUCUGGCUGCUAGAAGUUUUCCUCUCUGGACCAGAAACGGUCCUGCCAUGUCCACUGCUAGAUCUCGGCUUUAGCCCUUCCUUCUCACCUGCUUCUACAGCCUUCCUUCCUAGUCACCUCACGAAGCACGAAGCCACACACUGGCUCUGAAAAUACGAGCAACUCAGAAUUCGGAUUCCCCCUGAGGUCUUUGGAACCAAAGUCGGCUCCCUUCCAUACCUGGCGAAUCCAUCCCCCUUUGUGACUGCUCCCCCUUGCCACUUCCUCCACCCUCCCCAUCAGCAACGGCUCAGCCUGGCCCGUCGCCGUUUUCAUUUGGGAGCUGAAGUUUCCCUGCCAGGAAGAUCCAGACGAAGGAGAUGAGGUCCUGCGAAGAGCCCGGGAGGGGCCGAAACCUUCACACUGCCUUCGGGGUGAGUGUCGGGCCCCGACGCCGCUCUCAGAGAGGCCAGCUUCCCUGCAGUGCUGUCCGCUCUUAACCAGCCCCUGGACCUCCUUGGGAGGCCAGGGAAGGCGAGAAAGCCCAAGCCACUGCUUCCCCCGGUGCUGAGCCUUGCAGGCCACAAGCGCACGCCGAGACUCCUCCCCGUAGUGAGGGGCUCUCGAAGCCCCCCAGGGGAGGAGCUAGACACAGACGCCCCCCUGAGGGGGGUCACGCAGAGGGCUGUGCACACACAUUCUGCGCGUAGGAAGCCGGAACCGCGGGCCCUAGGCAAAGCCCGGCCCUUUACACCACAAGGGCCUGUCCCUCCAACAGCUGGAUUCAUAAACACCUACCAGCUGUCCUGGGCCACCAGGCCCGUGGCACUCAGAAAGCCCCUCAAGGUGGGGCAGAGAGCA